AUGGCCUCCAACCACGCCUCGCUCGCGACGCGGACGCGGUACACGCGGCUUGACCUCGAGAGGCCUCGCCGCUGCGCCUGCGGCGUGGCGGCGCUCGCGGUGGCGGCUUCGCUGGCGGCAGUCGCGGCGCUCGCUGCGUCGCCGCUCGCGAGGAGUGGUGGCGUCGUGGCGGCCCGGAGAACCGAUUCGGCGGCCGCCAGCUCGGAGCCGGCGGCCCGGCCUCGCGGCGCUGUCAGCGGAGCGGCCACCGGCGUGCAGUUUGUCGUCCGAGGCGAGGCGCAGCAGGUCGUGAGGUCUGUGGGAGGUUGGCUCAACUACACGCUCGAUGUGACGGAGGGAGUCUUCCUCCUCCCGCGCGGCAUCUCCUUCGCCACGCGCCUGUACAACGGCGUCUCUCCCGCACCGCUGCUGCUCGCGAGGCCGGGAGACCGCAUCAGGCUGCGGUUGCGGAACCGGCUCGGGCCAGACGUCGCGUCGCCAAACGACGGGAAGGGGAACGGGCUGCGGCAGGCGAACACUACGAACCUGCACCUGCACGGCAUCUACGCCGACGCGGAGAAGCUGUAUGAGUACUUGCUCCACCCGCAGACGGGCAGCUCGCUCCUCUUCUACCACCCGCACGCCGACGGGUCGACGUGGGAGGAGGCGCUCGGGCUGCCCGUCGCUGCCAGCCACGCCCUGCCUGCCGGCGGGUGGCUCCGGCUCCGCCUCAUCAACUCCGACAGCUCGCUCAGCGGGCUGCGGCUGGGCUUCUCUGAGGCGCGCGUGAGCGACGCCGGAUGCCGCACGGUGCUGCUCGGCUGGGACGGGGUCUGGCUGCGGUCGCCGCGCGACGUGCCGUCGCUGCUGCUCCCCUCGGGCGGUCGGGCAGACGUGCUGCCAUACCUCCUCAAAGGCACGCACGAGUUUGGCAGCCUGGGGUCGGCAGCCUUCGGCGGCGUGAUGCCGGCGGGCCACCCCGUCGCGGUGCUGGCGGUGGAGCUCGCCUUCUCCGACUCGAGCGGCGGCAACGUCAUCAACGACAAGAUCUUCAACGCGCCCGGCACCGGCGCGAAGACGCAUCCGUACCACCAGCACAUGACGCACUUCCAGGCGGAGCAUGAGCCGCUCGUGGCAGUCGGCGACUGGCGCGACAUGCUGCCGCUCCUCUGGCCAAUCGCCACUGGCGACGUCGGCUUCACGAUCCGCUUCGUCGCGCCCUUCGUGGGCCUGAUGAUGGUGCACUGCCACAUCCAAAAGCACUCCGACAACGGGAUGCUCGCGCUCGCUCAGAUCCACGACGCGGCCAGCGAGGAGGAGCGUACACCCGCGGCCGAGGCGAGGGAGGCUGCAGCGUACAGGGCGAGCGUCCGCGGCGCCGGCGCGAGCCGGGAGUGA